ACCGGUUGGCCUCGUCCGGUGGAACUGAAGAUGUUUGGGUAUUGAGUAGACACACCUGUUCACUGGGAGGGGCCUAGAUACACUUCUGAGCUUAAUCACAGCGCUGACACCAAAACGGACACCCACACACAUACGGAGUGCGUGUUUUUUUUACCGAUCAGAACGAAGAGGGACUAUAAGUGGAUCAACAGAGACUCGAGUGCUGUCCGUUGAGUGGAGUUUCCACGCAUCUAACGAUCCAGGAUGUUCAAGAAGAAGGAGAGUAGUAAGGAGAGUAAGGAUAACUCGGUGAAGGUCUCCGGGAAAGUCAGCCAGUCCACAGCAAACAACCUGGCCUCGGUGAUCGAGCGCAUGCAAAAGAAUGCCGACCAGGUGGAGAAAAAUGUCCUCCAAGCCGAAGAGCUACUCGCUCUGGAUUCGGAGAACGAGAAGAAGGGCCUUGCUCUGCAGCACCACAAAGUGGUGUCCGACAAACUGUCCCAGGCCGAGGGCCUCUUGAAAGACCUCUACCUGGAUGUGGACAAGGCCAAGAAGUUGAAGCACCCCCAAGGCAGUGAGAUCGAGAGCGAUGUUAGUCACCUCCAUGACCGCUGGCUGAAAGACUGCACCUUCUAUCGCGAAAUCUACGAGCCUCUCAAUGACGUCGAGCUGAAGCCCAGAAUCAACUGGGCUACCCUGCUAAAUCAGAAACAGAGGGAGUUGAACACAGAAGAGUAUGGGCCCACCAUGGAUGAUCUAAAGAAGCAGAUUGCCACUCACAACAUUCUGCACAAGGAGAUUGAGUCCUACAACUCUCAGCUCAGUGCAAGCUCUGCCAGUACCAAAGAGGAGUAUGCUACCAUCAAGAAACAAUACAAUAACCUGUUGGACAACUCAAAAUGGAGAGGUCACUACCUUAGCAGCCUACAUGAGUACAUGCAGAGCUGCAAAAAGGAGCUGGCGUUUCUGGAAGAUGAAGAACACAAAGUCCUAAAACAGGACUGGAGCGACAACAUCGUGGACCCCCAGGAUAUACGAAGAGAAUACGAGAAAUUCAAGGACAACAGCCUACUGGCCCAUGAAAGUGAGGUGAACAGACUCCAGGAUGACGGAGAUCGACUGAUCGAACUGAAGCACCCUGCCAGCACCACCAUACAGGCUCAGAGAGAUGACGUGCGGAGAGAGUGGCAGAAGUUCCUCAACCUGUGCAUUUGCAAAGAGACUCAUCUGGAUAACAUUGAGGAUUUCAAGAAGUACCAGCUAGAUGUAGAUACACUCUCCAAGUCUCUGGAUGAACUCAACUCCAGCCUGAAGAAAGUAGAAUCCGGAUCAGUGAAGAGCGGCUCAGCCAUGACUCUGCAACUGGAGGCAGAGGAGAGCACAGUGCAACGUAGUGAGAAGCUACUGGCGGACCUGAGAAAGAGGAGCACCAGUAUCGCCCCCCUCAAGCUGCGCCGCCAAACCCCCUCCAAGUCCACCACUGUGGAGUCCCUCUGCGAUUGGGAGACUGGGAAUGCUGAGAUAUCUCGAGGCGACAAGUUUUCCCUCAAGUCGAAUUCAAACGUUGAGAACUGGGAGGUACUGACCAGCAGCGGGGCACCUUCAACCUUUCCAGGGGUCUGUUUCCAGAUUCCACCACCUGACCCAGAGUCCAUUUCCAUUAUAGACCUACAUGGUGAUGUGCUUGACGACAUCAAGAAAAGGAGGGCUGUUUAUUUAGCGACAACGAAGGACAGCAUCCGUCGCGUCCAAGAGCGACCCGUAAAUGCAGCCCCCCCUCCCAACCUCAAACCUAAAGCUGCUGACAUUCAACUGGACAAGCUGGACGGGGAACUGGUUACAGCAAAGCAGGGCCUCCUGAGCCACAUGAGGGCCCCGCUGGACCGCAGCGAUCCUACCGCCGACCUCACCAACAGGCUGAAGGAGCAGGAGAAAGCGGCUGACGCUCUGGCGGCUCUGGAUCCACCGAAGUUGGACAAGGAUGACUCCAAAGACCUGGCCACUAAACUUCAGGCUGCUAAGGACAAGAAAGAGGACCUUAAAGCUCUGGUCAACCUUUGCAACGAGAAGUCUAAUGCAUCUCUGAACCUGGAGAAGCAGAUCAAGAACGUGGAUGGUAUUGUCUCUGGCUUUGAGAAGAAGCUGAGUGAGGAUGCCCCCAUCCCAGACGAGCCAAAUGCUAUUCAGACCCGCACCCAGUAUAUCCAGAGUCUGCGUAAGGAGGCGUUGGUCUCUCUGGAUGAGGUGAAGAAGCUGGCCAAGAACCUGGAGACCAGUGAGCAGCUGUGUAGUUCCCUGCAGCAAGGAUACCAGGAGUACUGCCCAGACAUUGGUCGCCAAAGGACCCAGGUCAAACAACUACAGAACCGAUAUGCUAACGUCAACAACCAGCUGAAGGACAGAGAGAACCUCUUGCUGCAGGCUGGAAGCAAGCACCAGGAAUUCCAGAGCACAAGCAAAUCUUUGAACUCCUUCCUGGGAAGUCUGCCUAAUAACAAAAUCAGCCCCAGCGAUGACCUGUCAAAGAUCAACACCAAGCAGAUCUCCCAGCAGAGGGUGGUGGAAGACCUCAAGAGAAAAGGAGAUGACUUAGACCGUGUGGUUGAUCUGUCUCAGGACUUGCAGAUUGUCCUCAAUGAUUAUGAGGUCCACACUAACAAAUAUAACAGCACCCUCAAUCUGGGAGCCAAAGAUGCCAAAAACAGUUCCACCCCUGUCCUUGCUGAUGCUGUGCAGAAACAGGAAAAGGCUUUGGUGAACUGCUAUGCUGAAACAUCAGCAGAGAAUAACCAGCUGCUCAAACAAAUGGACUUCGCUAAAAACGUCAUCACUGAGCAAAAACAGCAAAAACAAUCCAUUCAGCCGACUUUGCAACCAUCCAUCGACAUAGCCAGUCUGCAGCAAGAGUUGAAUGUGGAGACUGAUAGACGCAACCGUGCUGAGAAUGAAUUGGAAAUUUUCAGAACCAGGAUGCAGUCUCUAAAAAGCCGCAGAGGAAUGCAUCGAGUGGAGGAGAAGGAGGUGCUCAAGUACUAUCGCGACCCCAAACUAGAAUCCAAUCUGAAAGAUCUGGAGGACCAAAUCCACAAAGAGGCCAUGAAUCGCAGCCGUACCCAGGGAGAAAUCGAGACUGUGAAAAUUAAAAUUGUCACCAUAGGGGAUGAGCUCAAGAAUGUUAAGCCUAAACUAGUGACAAAAGAGGUGACUGAGUUCGAGAGAGAUCCUCAGCUGGAUAUUGAAUCCACGAAGUUAAGAGAUGAGAUUGGCAAAAUUAAGAAGGAGGUUCGUGUGAAAGAAGGAGAAGUCAUUCAACAGAAGACUGAGGUCACCAUCUUGAAUGCGACAAGACCAAACAUCAGGGAGAAGGUUGUGAAAAAGGAAGUGAUUAGAGUGGAGAAGGAUCCAGAGAUGCUCAAAGCUGUUCAAACCUUUCAGACCGAAAUUGUCAGUGAGGGCAACAAGAGCAAAGCUCUGAAUGAUGAGAUCUUUCAGACGAGGAGCCAGAUCAAUGCAUUAGAGAGGAUCAUUCCCACCAUUCAGCCCAAGGUGAUCACAAAGGAGGUGAAAAGAACUGAACAGGAUCCAGACCUUGUCAAUGAAUCCAAGAGGAUUCGAUCAGACCUAGAGGAAGCAAAAGUGGAAACUGACAAUUUGGGCAAGGAGGUCUCUAAGCUCAGAAGUCGCUACACUGAGGUAGGGCUUUGGAAGCCCAAGAUUGAGGUCAAGGAAAUAGUUAACGAGAUCUACCGCAUAGAUCCACAAACAGAGGUGGAGAUAAUGCGUCUAAAGAAAGAUGUGCAAGACGCAAACAGGCAGCGUUCCGACCUAGAGACUCAGAUCACUGUGGUCAUGGCUGAUCUGGUGGCCCUACGUGCAAAGAAACCAAAGGUGGAGAUGAAAGAAGUCAUCCAAGAGGUGGUGAAAGAGGAGAGGAGCCCUGAGAAUGAAAGAGAGAUACAGAGGCUCAACGAUCAAGUGAACCAGCUGCACCAUACUUACAAUGAAAUAGAAGACAAUCUGAACCUCCUCCGAAGGGAGCGGGAAAAGUGGAAAGCGGAGAAAUCCAAGGUGGAGACACAGCUUGUGCCCAAAAAUGUUGUCAAGUAUGAGGAUGAUCCACUCUUGGAGAAGGAGGCUGAUCGGUUAAGAAAGGAGCUACGUGAAGAACAACAGUGUCGCCGUACCACUGAGGAGAUGGUGUUUGACCUGCAAAACAAAUACAUCCUGCUGGAUAGGCAAAGGCCAGAGGAAAAAGUGGUGGUACAGGAGGUGGUGCGUCUACAGAAAGAUCCAAAGCAGAUAGUUGAGCAUGAGAAGCUGGGCAGGAGUUUGGAUGUAGAGGUUAACGCCCGCCGGCAGAUGGAGCUAGAGAUGCAGAAACUCAGAAGCCUAGUGGAGGAGAAGGAGAAUAUCUUAAGGCAGAGUGAUGAACAUCAAAAGAAGAUCCAAGUGGAAUUUGAACUGAAACAGAUCAAAUUGCGCAUCAAAGAGUUGGAGAACGCCCCACCGCCGGUUGAGGAGAGCAUCAUUAUUGAGGAGGUCAUGAAAGUUGAGCGAGACCCCAAACUGGAAACGAUGACCAACGGGCUUCGCUCAGACAUGGACAAAGAAACCAAUGAAAUCCUGAAUCUUCAGAGAAACAUCAGGAACAUUACUGUCAGAAUUGAGCUCCUUCAGCGAGAGAAGGCCGGCGAGAGGACUGUGUACAAAGAGGUGAUUCGGGUAGAGAAGGAUCAGGUUGUAGAAGCAGAGAGAGACCGCCUGAGAAGUCAGGUGAAUGAUGAGAAACAUGCGAGGCAGGACCUGGAACAAAAAAUCCAACAACUUUCUGACAAACUCAACCAACUGAAGAAUAGUCAAAUCAACACUUCUCGGGAAGAAACCAGUCUGAUUCUGGCCAGGGAUGCCUUACAAAGGGAGAAAGACAACCUUACUCGGGAGCUGAAGAAGUUGGACUCUGACAGGAAGGACAUCAGUUUAUCUUUCCAGCAGCAGACAAAGCUCCUAAGUGAGAGAAGCCAAAUGAACAGGCAGAAGAGCAUCAAGAUGGAAACCGAUGUGCAGCGUCUUGAAAGGGAGAUACUGGAUGAAAAAGAUGUGAUCCACCAGAAAGACGGCAAAAUCAGGGAACUCCAGAGGGAGAAGGAGAAGGAAGACCGAGCAGAGACCCAGACCAAGGAGACCAAUGUUUCCACUAGAAUCACAAUUUUGGACCCUGACACCGGCAAGGAACUGUCGCCAUAUGAAGCCUACAUGCAGGGUCUAAUUGACCGAAGUCAGUACAUGCACCUGGAAGAGCUGGAGUGUGAUUGGGAGGAGAUUACUUCCCUGGGUCCUGAUGGGGAGACCUCGGUGCUGCAGGAUCGCAAGAGCGGUAAGCAGUACUCCAUCAAAAAUGCCCUGAGAGAUGGCAGACUCAACCAGCAGGAUCUACAGAAAUACAAGGAUGGAAAAAUGCAUAUAUCAGAGUUUGCCCUCCUGGUAGCGGGUGAAAAAGAAAAGCCGCUCAAGUUCAACUCUAUCACACCAACUGCAUCGUCACUAGUGAGGUCAUCGCCGACCAGCCAACCACCUGCCACUGUCCCCCGGGAAAUGUAUCCCAUCUCCGGGGUAAUUGACACGGACACAAACGUGUGCUUCUCCAUCCGCGACGCAGCGUCCCGCAAGCUGAUUGACAACGGCACGGCCCAGAAGCUGCUGGAAGCCCAGGCCGCCACAGGGGGUAUUGUUGACAUCAGCAACAAGGAGAGAUACUCCGUCCACAAGGCAGCUGAGAAGGGCCUCAUCGAGUCCGGCCAGCUCCAGAGGUUACUUAACGCCCAGAAAGCCUACACUGGGGUGGAGGACCCGAUGACCAAAGAACGCCUGUCUGUGGGCGAGUCCGUCCUGAAAGGGUGGAUGCCCAAAGAAACCGCCUUACGUUACAUGGAGGCGCAGUACCUGACGGGAGGCCUGGUGAACCCUAACAACACGGGACGUGUGGGGCUACAAGAGGCCAUGUCGGCCAAGAUGAUUGACAGCACCAUGAUGAGAGAGCUUCAGUCCGAGUACAUCUACACAAAGGAUAUUGUAGACCCUAAUACAAAGGAAAAGAUCAACUACAAGCAAGCGAUGGCCCUCUGCAAGACAGACCCAACCUCUGGCCUCCUGAUGCUGCCUGCCUCCUCCACAGCGUCCAGCAGCACCUACACUAGAUACAAUCCUCAUUCAUACUCUUCAAGAUACUAGAUCUGCUCACAGUGUGUCCAGAGGGUAAUUUUAUUAUUAGGGGAGAUUCUUUUUAAAAUGUUAUUGCAUUGUAUAAACAUAAGAAUACUACCAGAACUUGUAAUUUAAGUCUUAAUCCUGCAUAUUUCAGAGAUCAUGAUUGUUUUCCGUUGAUGUGUUUUUGUUUACUAAAUGUAUUUGAAGUUGGCAGAAAUACAGAUACAAGCUUUA